AUGACAUCCUACAUCAAAAUCCCACAAAAUCUGAAACCUGCCGACCCACAGGGGUCCGAAAUCCUGGCAGUAGAAAGGGCUAAAGCCGUAUUCAACGUUAAAGAUUUGACCUUGUUCAUUUACGGGGAAGAAUUUCUCGAUAUCAUGCACAGAGUAUUGCCGUUGCUCGAGAAUGACCCGAUCUUUGAUAAGAGUGAGCUUUACUAUAUGGGACGAACGGAGCUUUUUAAGAAGGCGCUUGCAUGUGAGAAGAGGCUUGCUGUUUUGACAAAAGAAUAUAAAUGGGGAUCGAAAGAGGUUCAAUUGGCUUCUUGGUUAAUAGAUAUACCCGGGCCGUUCAACGUACACAAAUCCAUGUUUAUCCCAACGCUAGAAAGUCAAGGCACAAAAGAACAACGAGAGAAAUUUAUGAUCCCCGCAAAAAACUUUGAGAUUAUCGGUUGUUACGCACAGACCGAGUUAGGACACGGAUCAAAUGUACAAGGACUCGAGACAACGGCUACUUAUAUUCCGGAGACUAAAGAAUUCGAGAUACAUUCCCCAACAUUGACCGCGUCAAAGUGGUGGGUCGGUAAUUUGGGAGCAGCUGCUAAUCAUGCCGUUGUAAUGGCACGAUUGGUGACUAAUGGCAAAGAUUAUGGACCUCAUCCCUUUAUUGUUCCUAUACGUGAUGUGAAGACACAUAAACCUUUACCCGGAAUCACCGUUGGAGAUGUAGGGCCAAAAUUUGGCUUUAAUUCUGUAGAUAAUGGAUUUGUUCUCUUUGAUCAUGUCCGCAUACCACACCUCAACAUGCUUGCCAACUUUGCUAAAGUGGAACCAAACACCGGGAAUUACAUAAAACCACCAAACGACAAACUUUCAUACGGCACAAUGGUGCUAGUCCGCACAAAAAUUCUUCUCGGAGCACGAUACACGCUCGCACGCGCAGCAACUAUUGCAAUCCGGUAUUCGGUUGUCCGGCGACAAUCUGUCGACCAAGAGAACCCGACAAAACUUCCGGACGGACGCAUCAUCGAGACCGCCGUGAUAGAUUACACCAUGCAACAGUACCGUCUGUUUCCUGUGGUUGCCAUGUCGUAUGCGUUCUCAUUUACCGCGGACGAGUUAAUGAGACUGUACGAGGAGAAUCAAGAGAAAACUUACAAGGGUGAUUUCUCGUUGAUGGCUGAUUUACAUGCGACCAGUUCUGGAUUGAAGGCGUUAUCGACUUCGGUGGCUGCCGAUGCGAUUGAAGAUUGUCGGAGAUCGUGUGGUGGACACGGAUUUUCAUCCUUCAGUGGAUUUACACAUUUUUAUCAGAAUUUUCUGCCAAAUGUUACCUGGGAAGGUGAUAAUUACAUAUUAACUCAACAGACAGCACGAUAUCUCUUCAAGAACUAUCGACAAUUGCUAGAUUCCAAAGAUUCAGAUUCCAGACCAAGUAACCCAACAAUCGCAUACAUUCAACAAUACAUGCGUAAUCCUAAUCAAGUAUGCCCAGCAAUAGAAGCAAGUGAUUUCAACAAUCCCGAAAUACAAUUAACAGCAUUCGCACACCGUGCUGCCUACCUAAUUGCCAACGCCGUCGAUCAAAUAGACAAACAUAAUCGUACAUGGAAUUCGAUGCUCGUCGAAAUCUAUAACAUUUCACGUGCCCAUUGUCAAUACAUUCUGGUGAGAAAUUUCAUUGCUGCACUCCAGACCACAAAUCCCAACAAUGGCGAUACCACCCGACAAAAACAAUUAAAGUCUAAUCCAUCACUACGCACGGUACUCGUUACGGUAUGCAACCUAUUUGCACUGUCAACAAUGGAAAAAGAAGUCGGGGAAUUCAUGAUGAGUGGGUACUUGACUUCGCAACAAGCAACAUUACUUAAAGCCCAAGUGCUCGCCCUAUUAGUAGAACUACGUCCGAAUAUAUUGUCGCUUGUUGAUGCGUUCUAUAUUCCGGAUUUCUUGUUACAUUCGGCGCUUGGGAGAGCUGAUGGUCGGGUGUACGAGACGAUGUUAGAAUGGGCGGUUAAGGAACCGUUGAAUUCAGUUAGAAUUGAUAAUAAUAUUUAUAGUAGUAGAUUUUUGAUAGAAGGACAAGACGAUUCGACGUUACGACCUAAGUUAUAA